AGCAAAUGGACAUUCCAAAAAAUCCAUGUAUACCAUCUUACUCUUUAUUGUCUGUCAAUUUUAUGAGUCAUUUUUCAUGAACUCGCACGUUAGGGGCAUCCGUACGGAUGGUGCGCUCUCGGGGGAUACACACUUGUCCACAAAUAACUACAUCUGCCUUUUUAAAUAAAUGCACAUGUUUCGUCGCUUCCGUGCACGCCACUUAGCGCCUACCGCAUACCGAUUACCGUCCUCCCCUCAACGGCGUCACCCCAAAUGAGCCCCCCACGGAGCCGCCCCAAAACAUCAUACAAACAAAUGCACACCUAAACAUGAACGAUCAUAUCAAGGUGUUUCUACGCAUUAAACCUAACGUGGAAAAUCUGUCCAAGUUAAAAAGCGAAAACUGUGCCAUAUACAAAGUUAACAAUAAUCAGUUGCAUUUGUUUGAAAAAAAAAAAAGUUACAAUGACACCAGCGAACUGAAGACCAGGACUUUUAAUUUCAAUUAUAUUUUCGAUGUCGACGUCCAGCAGAGGGAUGUAUUUGAGUUGAUCGGAAAGAAUCUCAUUAACAACUUCAUCAACGGGUACAACAGCUCCAUCUUGGCAUAUGGAAACACCAACAGCGGGAAGACGUACACCCUCUACGGGGACAGGACCGACUCGGAGAAUAGGCUGCACCACGGGCUGAUUUACUUAUCGCUCAGCUACUUUUUCCAGUUGCAAAAAGUGAGCAAGAGAACUGAAAUCUCCGUGUCCAUAGUGGAGAUAUACCUCGAAAAAAUCAGGGAUUUGGGAAAGAUAUUCCAACUGUCGCAGUUGGCCACGACCACCGAUGACACCAUCAAGUAUUACUCACAGUUUCGUGAUAACACAAUUAGAGAAGACGAAAAGGGGAAUACCUACGUGGAAAACAUCACACUGCUGCCCAUAAAGAACAUUGACGAUGUCAAGAACAUUAUAGACCUAUGCUUUAAGUACAGGAAAACGCACGCCACCAAAAAAAAUUUGGUAUCCUCCAGAUCUCACUGUCUACUAACAGUUUACCAGCACCGACUCGAAAAAGAAAAGGAACUCAUUUCGCAGAUCAACUACAUCGAUUUGGCUGGAUCAGAAAAAUUUAACGACAUAGAGAUGGUCAACAAGAAGGAACUCAUAAACAUCAACAACACCUUGUCCGUCCUGAACCGAGUGAUAAUUGCGCUAAGCACCCAAAACAAAAUCGGGAAAAAUAUGGACAAAACAAAAACAACGGACGAAUUAAAAAGUGAAGCCUGCUGUGUUGCUACUGUGCACAUUCCGUAUAGGGACUCCAAGUUGACGAGAUUACUCAAAAACAGCCUUAACGGGAACUCCUUCACAUAUAUCCUGAUCUGCCUAAAUCUGAACAGCCACAAAAUAGAAGACUUUAUAAACAGCUUAAUAUUCGCAAAGAGGUGCAAAAUGAUUAAACAAAAAAUAAAAAAAAAUAAAGUAGCCAAAUGUUCAUCUCAGUCGGACAGCGCUAGAAGUAACUCAUCUUCUGACGAAAACUCAUACGUAAGUUUCGAUUCCAAUGGAGAAAAUUAUCAUUUCUUAGCUGAAGAAAAUAAAAACAGUGAUCUAUACAAUUUGGACACACUUGCUUACAACAAAAAAAGGAACAAAUACAGAGCAUCAAAUAACAGAAGUGACGCAAUGAUGAACAAAGUACUAGUCCUAUUCACUCACAUCAUUAAAAGGAAAUACAAUGACUUAGUUAAACAGAAAAAUUCUGUAGCAAAUAAUUUAAUUAAAAUUAUAAAGUUUGAGGAAAACAACCAGGAAGAGUUGCUCAGAAAUAAAAAUUAUUUCAAAAAAAUUUUGAAAAAAAAAAAAAAAGAAUUACUCAUAAACAAGGAGCAUUUAAAUAGUCUUAUUCAUGCAAAGGGAGUUAAAGCAAUAAACCUGAAAGACUAUUCUCAGGGGGAAGUUCCUGGACACAAACAUGUCGUACCUGAUAUAGCAGGUCAGCUCAGCUUAAAUGUUCUCGAUGGGUUACAUCCCAAGGACAUUCAAGGUGGGGAAGAACAUACUUCGCUCGCUGUCCAAAAGGAAGAACUCAAUUUUGUGAACCAAGGGAGGAGUAGCACCCCCGUCUGCCAUAGCGACAUGCGACAAAGUGAUCACAACGAGAUUAGUCAAAAUGAAGACAUGGAUACACUCGACAUGGAUACACUCGACAUGGAUACACUCGACAUGGAUAAACUCGACAUGGAUAAACUCGACAGGGAUAAACUCGACAUGGAUACACUCGACAGGGAUAAACUCGACAUGGAUACACUCAACAUGGAUACACUCGACAUGGAUACGCCUCCCGUGCCCUUUGCCUCUUGCACUGCUUCCCCCACCGAUGGUCAUGACCCGACCCAAGGCACAAAUGACAUAAAACGAACCCACGCAGACAUCGAUGAGCUAUACCAAAUGGAGUUAAAUAAACUGAGUGAAAAAAUAAAAAUGCUAAUCAAAUUAAAUUUUCAAAACAUCUCCCUAUUUACAAACAUUGACACGUUAGCAAAUAUUCUUCAAAAUGUCUACCAAAAAAAAUACAGCGUCGUGCUGAAGAACGGGAAAAAAACGCUCAACAUUACAAAUUACAAUUAUGAUGAAUUUAAAAAAUCGUGCGAGUUUGCCCCCCUACCACAGUCACAGUUGGGUGAUCACCCAGGUGAGGACGACGCGCGUUUAAAAGGGCUCGAUCAGGACAUAGUUUCCCUGUAUCGAAGGAUAAACGGAAAAAAAGUGACACACGGGGAGGUAGGCAGCUAG